AUGGCUCCCGAGGAUCGAUCUCGCCACCAGGCCUUCGCCACCUGGGUCGGCGCCCGGGUGACCGACGACAUCGGACCGGACACAGAGCUCUUGGUCGCGCGGAAGGUGAGCUUGCGGCCGGACUCCAAGUACCAGGCAGCGCUGGCCUUGCGACUGCCCAUCGUGAGGCCGAGCUACGUCAAGGCCCUCUGGGACGAGCAGCAGCUGGUGGACAAAGAGCCGCAUUUCCUGCCGCCCUUGGCCGGAUUGGCUAUCAACUUUGGGCCCAUUCAGGACCAGGUUUCGCCGGAGCUGCGGAAGCGGGCCGAAGCCUCCGGUGCUGUCAUCACGACCCUAGACAAGGCGGAGGUAGUGAUCGUGACGGAUGCCUCCAAGCCAAUUUACCAGGAGGGCCGGUCCCUGGGCCUCCUUUGUGCGCCCCCGCUCUGGCUCGAGCGGUGUCUGCAGAUCCGCUGCUGCCUGACCAUCGCCGGAGAGCUGGAGGUACCCCAGGCAGGCGUCCCCUUGGGCGGGAGCGUCGAGGCAGAAGUCUCGACCAUCUUGCACGGUUGUGUACUAUGUUUGGUGUAUCUGCCCCCAGGGAAGGAGCGUGAUGACGCAGCCGAAAGGGCCUGGCGUUGUGGGGCAUGGACCACCUUGGAAGCCAAGGACCCGGCCAUCACCCACGUUCUAUUCGAUGUCGUCCCUCGCGUCCUGGUGCAUGUGUCGAUGCCGGUCGAUGAGGCGCUAGGAGUGGAGUUUGUGGACGUCCGCUGGCUCGACGCAUGCGUGGAGACGGGGAAGCGAGCUGAGGAGAACCAUUUCGCAAGGCCACGGGUGGCCUACAACCCGACCUGCGAUAUCGCCUACCCUGCUGCGCUCCAGUCGGACUUGUCCGCCUCCAGCAUGAAGGUACGGAGAGUCGAGAGCAGCGCUGCCCUCGAGGAAGUUACCACGAAGAGCACCCAACUGGUCGAGGCCCCGGCCGCCGCCCAACCGGAGAUCAGAGGUGGGCUGAAGCCUCCGCUGUCCGGCCUCACCGUCCGCAUCACGGCCUUGGACGACUCCAAGCAGAGCUGCCGGGAACGGCAGCGCCUUCAGGAGAUGGCACACGGCCUGGGCGCCACUGUCGCGGAUCAACGGAGCCGUCUCGCGGACAUUACGCACUUCGUGUGUGUGGUUCCGGAUCGCUUGGAAGCUGGCCUGGCAGAGAAAGCUCGGAAGCGGCAGAUCCACAUAGUGGCCGUGCACUGGUUGCUGGACUGCAAUCGGCACGGCAGCCGACAGCCAGAAGCGCGCUACAGCAUGAGAGACGCCGCGCCGUUGCCCACGCAAAGCGAGCCCUUGCUGGAAGAUGCCGUUACCAAGGCGAGCCCCUGUGUCGCCGCCACCGUCCUUGCCAAGUGCGACAUCCUGGUGUCUCCCUGGGCCCUAGGUGUGGAGCCGAAGCUGACGCAGAUGGCCAAGGAGCUGGGGGCCACCUCGGUGCGGACCUGGAGAACGCCCGCGGAGCUGCGGUCCCUGCUCCAGGCAUCCUCGGAAGGCCAAACCCGGGCGGUGGUGGUGGAGAAGGACGAGACGAGGCAAGGAUCUCUGGAAGGAUGCGUAGAGAAGUGGACGCCCGAGCUCCGCAGCAUCUUUGUGCAGCCGAGUUGGCUCUCAGAGACCUAUUCACAGCGGCGGCGGCUUCCCCUCAGCUCCUUCGCAGCCUUCUCCGGCGCAGAAGAUACAGAGUCUCCGCUCCGUGUGGCUCCAGAG